CAUCACACCCACUGUAUUAUUACCAAAAUGUAUUUCAGUAAUUUUCUUAUUUGGACCUCGGCAACUCGGUUUGCAGCCUCAUUAGAAAAUCUACCUCUAUAGCAAUUAUUCGAACGUGCACUGUUACUCUCGAACAAAACGUGCGUAACGUGCACAUGUGCGUGAUCUGCCAAGCACGACAGUCUUCCAAUUGAAGCUUACAAUAUGCAACGCGUGUCCCCGGGUGCAAAUCGUUCAAACCACUUCUUCUUCCAUACGAAUAGGAUAGAGGACUUCCCCCGCUUCAAGAAUAGCCGGGGUUUCACGUGUCAACGGCGUCCGAUAAGCAGUAAAGUCUAGGCUACGUGGCAGUGGCGAGAAAACAGAUGAUUUUUAGGCACGAGUCGCUUCGAACAUAUUUGGGGGCUCAUUUAUAGUCACUGCCAUCGGUUAGCGGCACGAUCCUUCAUCGUGCCGCUAACCGAUGCAUCGUGCAUUGGUUCUAGUGGAGUUUGCACAAAUGACGCAAAAUCUCAGUUCGCAUGUGCGUUCCGGUGAGGGACGAUUACUGCGCAAAGCAGAAACAAUUGACGCCAUAGAGCCAUCCAGUUCAGCUCUAGUCAAACGACGCUCGGCAGUACAUAUAAAACCCGUGGAUUAUUGUCUGAAAAUCUUUCGCUAGAAACAAGUUGCGUACGGAGUGAGACCUUUGAAGACAGGACGAAGAUAGUGAAAACUCAUUGAACAAGAAAAAGAGUUCGUAACGGAUAGGGCAUCUACAAACUACCAUCCUGAUGAGAAUCUUCCAAAGAGGAUGGAAUAGACAAAACGAGAUUCUCAGAACAUUUCGCUCGUUCCCUGGACCUGUCGCCAAUGGAUUUCACCCUGUGGGAAUAUUUGAGAGAAAGCUCAUUUUGAAAUACCAGUUGUCUCGGAACCUCUCUACGCAAUUCUAUACAUCACAAGGCAGAGGUAGUAAAAAAAUUUCAAUUUCUAACUAACUAAUCUCGGUACGCUAUUUCCGUUCAGCUGACAACUAUAGUACAAAAACCAAUGGACAACUGGAAGAAUACCGCCAUUUCAUCCGUGAAGUAGACACGGGAUCUACAGUUCGUCUACGUUUACGUUGGUACGAACAGGCGUGGGCAAAAGUACGGAAGGUGAUUUGUUAGUUGGCUUGCAGAGAUUGAUCUGAGGUCUGCAGUCACAAAUCAUAAUGGUUACCGAUUUCGAUGAGCGGGGUCAAAAAAAACGGACGCUCUACUACCGGUGGAUAAGUGUUGACCCUGUUGGGUGGCGAGAUGCUCACUGUGUCCGGAUUACGUCACCUUUGACGCGGGAUCUAUAGGAACGCCUUUGUCUCGCAGGGGUCGAUGGUGUUGGGGUAAUGGGCCGAGUAGAGUGUGAACACGGUUAAGACGCCAGUACCGCGUUCAUUAAUUUCAUCUGUUUCGAGGAUCACUAGGAGCACAGGCGCACUCGGGCUCAACGAAGGAUGAGGACCGAACAAGGAAAGACCACUAACAACGGAUCAACGGCAGUCGCAUUCUGCCCCAUAAGCUACCACUGCUCCACUAGAAAAUUGCCGCUGAUUCAGCAAAGCAAAGUAUCUUUUUCCUGAAAGGCGGUUAGCUGUCGUUCAUGUUUAACUUCAACUUAAUUGAUUUCGUUGCCACCAAGUUGACCUCAUCGCACACAGUUUGUGCAUCUGAAUACAUGUCGUCUAGAAUCAAUCGAUCAUAAAAAAACUGCCUCUUCCUGCUGCUGUUAUUAUUAAAAUAUAUACACUGUUAAAAGAGGAGAGAUUAUUCAUUUUUUCCAGUCGAAGGAGCAGCAGUAUAGACAUGACUUUGAUUGCAAAGCUGUUUCAGAUUCAUAACCAAAAUUUUGCGUGUUUUUAAGACAAAGCCAUUUUUAAAUGUCCUCGCCUAUUGUUACGUGAGCAAUGCCUUAGUUACACCAGAUAUUACCACUAGCGUGACGGGCAUAAUACGAGUCUCUGAUAACCAAAGUAGCUGAAACUAACAGAGGGGAUCUAUUGUGUAUGUCGUAUGUCGCUGUUUGGUGAGGGAGUAGCUCAGAAGAAAAGGCAACUACGCAAAAAAUACGUUCAGUAGAAAUAGAAUAGGUCGUUGGUUGACUGUGUAUGUCAAUCCCUGUGCAGCAUCCUGCGUAUUACUUGCAACGUGGCUGAGCCGGGAAAAUUGGGGCUCUCGCUUAGAAUUUCAAGGUCACGGUAACGGCGACGCCGUUGUUAACAGCAACAACGGCAGAGACGACAGCGUUCGAAUAGGCUGUACUCAAGGCGGGAAAAGGGGUGAAGGUCGUACAGUACGAAGUGCUACAGCUAUCGCAACAGCAGCUACAGUACUCGUCAUCGACGGAACGCAGUGGUACGAAAGUGCAGGGGGUGCGUCUAGCAAGCGGGGGUGUUCGUCGUGGUGGCGCUGUUGUUGUUAUAUGCGGUCACUGUUAUUACCAUUGUUGUGGUCCUCAUUGUCGCCUUAGUGACGGGGGUGGUGAAAAAAGCGCAAGUGAGGUAGGUCAUUGCGCGUAGGCCGUAUCCACCGAAUUGUUUGUUGUGUUGUUUGCCCCUCGACGCGGCCAAGACGGCAGCCGUGGCUAGCUCCAAGUCGAAGAAGAGGCUGUGGAGAAUGGGCUGUACCCUAAGCAAAGCGGUCACCUCGCUGGUCCACAAAGGUAGCGAGAGAUCGCCAGGCGUUGGUCGUGUGGCUGAUGUCGACGACCCGCCUCCCCCGCCGCCACCCGAUCCGCGCUCUCCCCUCACAGCCCGACAGAUUUUCUCAAUCUCGAAAUCAUGGAAAGCUAUUGCCCGAGCCAUGGAGCCGACCGGCGUCGAGAUGUUCGUGCGACUCUUCAAGCAAAACGAGGAACUGCUUGAGUUGUUUACCAGUUUCCAGGCGCUGAAGACAGAAGAUGAACAGCGCGAGUCAAUGGAGUUGGGUCAACACGCAUCACUCGUAAUGACCACCUUGGACGAGGGCAUCAACUCCUUAGAUAAUCUCGACUAUUUUUUCGAUUACCUGCAUAAUGCUGGAGGACUACACUAUAAGAUCAAAGGAUUCAAAAAAGAUUACUUUUGGCUGAUAGAAAAGCCAUUCCUGGAAGCAGUAAAGCUGACGCUAGGUGACCGCUACACGGACAACAUAGAGAACAUCUACAAGACAACGAUCCAUUUUAUCCUCGAGACGCUCAUCGAAGGUUACGAUAUGGCCGAAAAGAAGGCUAUUGGCAGCCACUAAUUACGGUAGUUCGCAAGCAUUGCGAACUUAUCCCCUCCCGAAUAGAGUCACAAUAACAAACGAAAAAAAAAAAAAAAACGAAAAAAAAAACAGAAAAAACGAAAGCCAAGCGUGGCCUAUCAACGAGCGUUGGUUCUGAAUUACUGAGAAGAAUACUAUCAGGACAUAUAACGAGUCACUUAAGCAGCUAUGACAAAUACAGAAAGACGUAAAAGGGAAGAAGUACAAUCUGAACGAAACGGAGUGAAGAGAAUCGACAAUGAAACAAAUAACAAUCAAUUAACGCUGUGUGUCCUUCUGCCCUUGGUUGAGUAUGCUAGCUAGAUGUUAGUUCCAAUUCUAUUUGUCUGAAUCAUUCUGUGGGCAGGUGGCAGGCUGGAAAGACGCGAUUCGUUAUCUCGUUAGCUAGGGAUUGCGCUGGCUCACCAGCAAAUAGCACAAUGUUCAUACCAAGAACUGUAUUAAAUCAUCAUUCUAAAAUGGUGCCAGGCCAUCCGGCUAUGGGAAAGCGAUGGCAAGUUCAUAAUGGUUUCCUGGUAGAAAGCUAACAGCAGCAAUGGGACGAUUUCAAACGGGUUCCUGCAGGCUCGGUAUGAGGACGAUAUGGCAUCUAUCAAACCAACCACCUGUUUCAGAGUCGGAAGCUCACACAAAUUUAUGUCAGCAAAAGCUUACUUGUGCACAGUAGCGUAGAACUCCCAGUAGUUUAGGUUGAGUGAGAGUUCUUAUCCUUUCACAAGGUUCAAUGUUGUACCUGCCAGAACGGAAACGCAGGACUAACCAGCGAAGACCGUGUUACGACUGCAUCGAUUCGAUCGAUACGCAGUGUAAUUUCCAGAAUGACUACAUUCCUUCCGAAGAAAUCAUUAUACCCUGAUUACUCUAACGUUCAUAAUCUUGCUGGCAUGUCUCGUUCUGGCCUUUUAACCUAGUCGGUUAUUAAUAUAUAACAGAACGGCGUCGCCUCAACAUUAAGCAAGUAAGAGUAAAGACCCAUUUAGUGUUAAAGGGCAUCUAACUCUUCCAGUGCUUCAAGGUUAACAAAGCUCGCCAGCCUAACUGUUUCCAUCAGGAAUUAGAGUGACCGAGUAAGCUAAUGAACGUAGGACUAGAUAAGGGCCAGCAGUAGACAAACGGGGAUAAAGUAGUAAAAUCAUUUUCACCUGCUAAAUGUAUAUGAGAUUGUGCAAUAAACCUGCUUAUCGGGCCUGGUCAUCUGAAGCUUUAUACGCCGUUGCCCGACAAAGGCACGCAACAGAAGCAAGUCCUCAGGUCUACAAGAUAACGCAACCUAAACCAUAGUGGCGUGCAUAGUCGAGACGAUAUAUUAGACUAAUAACUAUGGACAGACACUAAAUACAAAUGUGUGGCAUUCUCAGAUCAAUCCAUAAUCACCGAUUCAGUAUAACUUAAGAACAAAAAUAUAGCACAUAGUGAUGUACAUGGAGAGGCUAGCGUGAACCGACAGACCUAAAACGGCCAUUGUCAACCCUCUACACUGGUCACAAUGAACAACUCACGGUUCGAGCCAGCCAGCCAGCCAGCCAGCGUUCAGGCGAUCCGUUAUAGCAUUAGAUGGCUGAAAGCCAUGGACGUAUAGUACUGCUCGACCAGCUUGAUUCGCGUAACUGUCCACCAAUAGACGUAAACGUCUUAGAUGAAACGAACGUACUGCUAUCAUGGUAGUGCUAAACAUGAUCGGCAGGAAUGGAUACAUGGCCUGAAUCACCCGCAGUCAAGUAUCGUACAUCUGGGCGAGUGUUUAGAUGAUACAGGUUCUAUAUUACCGCAGAUAUUUGCUGCGUCGGCAAACAAUGAGCGAAUGAAUGAUGUUUACACAUGUUAGAUGGGCAAAAUUCUAAUCAGCUUAAAAUGAUAAGUGUCACAAAACGUUGUCCUUCAAAAACAACAAUAUUUAUUGCCAUUUUUUAUUUGGUUAUUUUGGUCAAAUUUUCUCGUGGGUCACAGGAGUCUCGUUUUCUCAUUCGAUCUCACUAAAAGAGCUCAUUGGAGCAUGAAUACACGAACUACUGUAUAUGAUAUAGAUAAUAAUUUGAACGGGAUUAAGCCUUCAGCAAAUGUAUACAUACACAACUGAUUCGUCAGAUGAUUACACGUGUGUACGAGCGAUAGGCUCUGUAUUAUCGUGUGAGCUACGAGCCUGUAUGUACUGAUGGAAAUCUGUGUGUAGUUGUAUAAAACUAGCUUAUUUAAUGAUUGGCGUACUACUAUCAGUAUGGCCAAUAAAUAUUUCGUCACAGGGAAUACUAGAAGUUUCACGAAAACGAUACGUCCUCGUAAGAUGGUCCAUAUGCAUGAAACGGUUGAAGUUUUCGUGAAUGAACGAAUAAGCUAUAUGGAUAACGUAUCGGUUAGUUAACAAAUUCGUGUGGAAACAAUGUGAAGCGGAGGAAAAAUAACUAAUUUUCCUCCGCUCACUCCACUAGAUACACUGGCGGAAAACAAGACAAUAGAGCUUCAACAGUAUUUACAAAAUAGGUCACAAUUGAUCCAAAAACAUUGUAUGAGUAUUUGUACAAAUAAAUCGAAAGACGAAUGAAAGCUAUCCGAGCUUGUUUGCCGGUAUCUGUAUACCAGGUGUCGAGCGUGGCGCAGGUUGGAUUGCUAAUGUGGUGCCGAAAGCCAAGGCCAAUUAGCCAUACAUUAACACGAUCUGCUUGAGAUACCGUUGCAAAACAGUGACUAUGGCCAUGUCUUCAUGAUUACUUAUCAAACUAUUGAUUGCGAAACAAUUUGCUGGUGACGACCUCGUCGUACGUUGAUGUACCGAAUAGGAUCUCAUCACGUUUAGCAGUCAGACAAGGAACACGCUAGAAGUGAAUGACAAACGCUAAGACGCUUUUUAGUGUUUUGCUGCUCGAAACUAUCGCGCAGUAUCCGUUUCAAUUCGUGAAAAUAACGUAUGCCCCCUCUCGGCAAGGAGCUGGCGCAGCUCCCUACGGUCUCCGUUGUUAAGGACUCGACAGGGAAAUGCUUCCAGGACCAAUGCAAGCUGUCCAUUUGCGCAUGAAUAGAAUACGUAGCCGCAACAGAGAUAAGGUCAAUCUUUAUCAUUAUGCAAAAAAACAAAACAAUAAAGGCAUACUUAUCACAGUAAGAAAGCGAGCAAGGCGCUACAGGAUGGCUUUCCUAUUGGUCAAAACAAACACGAACCAUGGUGUGUUGGUUACAUUAAUUGAACUGAUGUACGAUACUUCUCCAAUGACCCAUAUGUCUUAGCUUCGAUAACAUGUAUUCAAACGUCGUAAGAAAUAAACCAAAUCAACGGCGGAGAGGUUCAGCAAUAAGCAGCAAUGUCCCGUAAUAUAUAUAUAUAUAUAUAAUAUAUAUCUAUCAUAAUUGGUGUUGAAACAAAUACGAUCGCUAUAUUCGUGGGCUACACGUGAACCAUCUAUCUCGUACGACUCAACUAUCCAGACAAGUAGAAUAUCUAUAGCAAGUUGAUAAAAUAAUUUUUUCAUCCAUUGUGACUUGCUCUACCGUCCACCUCUACCGGUCUAAUAGCCGUCCGUCAAAUAGCAAGCUUGAUGAACUGCAAGCGAAAAAGAGAAGUAUGUUUGAGGUUGCGCGUCUUUUUAUUGCCGCUUAAGCCAUUUGCCCUCAGGGGCCUAAAAUGUGCGAUUUCCACAGGCAUUUGCUUCCACUUCAGUUGAUAUUCGCGUAGCUUUCUGCACCGUUUAUUUUUUGCCCUAGAUGUUGUCUUGUGUUGAUUUCUCGUGAAAUAGCGAACGGUCGUUUUCAUUGCGAGAAAAUUCGCUCGAGACAUACGCUACCACCACAUCACUGCUAUAAGUCAAAAGUCCUAACACUUCUUCCCACAUAAAUAUUAUGGCGGAUGAUAGCGCCAAUAGACACAAGCAGUCAUAGGGAAGAAUCAUAAACUACCCUAAUUGAGAUUACUGUAUUGCCACUGUUGUUAUUAUUAUUAUUACGUUUAUUAUAGGAUUAUGGGAGUCUACUUGCACGGCGUAUCCCGAAAAAGACAUAUGCUAUAAUAACGAACCCAACCUAGAAUAAUAGUAACAAUAACAAGGCAGAUGAUAACAUUGUGUUGGUCCAUGAUGUACUCUACUGACGAUAAUUAUAACGAUGAUCCAGGUUAUAUAGAAACGAACGAGUGCGGAAAAUAUGGAUCUGACGAAGGGCUGAGAGAUUAGGAUACGGUUGGAUUAGUCAGCGAAGUAAACUAAAAACUAUGUCAGAAUUACGAGAAUUGGUAGGUGAGGUGAUUAGCAAGAGACAACACGGCAUUACGUUGACUUUACGAAGUGGCCAACCUAUAAUAGAAUUAGCAUUAUAAUAAUAAUAAUAAUAAUAAUAAUAACAACAACGGGGCAGAAGAAAAAAGCGGAAAUCGUAAUAAAAUAGAAUAAUUUUCAAACAGACUAAAUCUAGAAAGUUGUGCCGAGAGGGCUCCAUGUAAUAGUCAUCAGACAUCAUCUGAUCAAAGGACAAAGUCCAUCUCAUGAUAAUGAGCGUUUUACACAGGCAUAACCGAUAUAUCAAUCAGUGGCCAUUUUGACGACGCGGUCCAAUUCUAAAUCAGAACAUAGUAAUACAAUAAAUCAUAAUACAAGAAAGAUUAUUAUAAAUAAAACAACAAUUUCACGUCGUCGGUAGUAGAGGACCGUACACGGCCGGACAGAAUGUGCGGUAAUUUGAUGGAAUAUAGCCACGCCACUGUAUCAAUCAUUUUAGCAAUCGAGCGCACACAUCAAAAGGCGACGCUGAUAAAAUGAUCGAAAAAUAUCGACUAAUAAUAGCUAGAUUAUCUAAUAUUUAUCAUAAUUGCAACUGUCUGAUUAAGAAUUGGUCGCAGUUCAGCCAGCUGAUUGAUUGUUUGGUAAAGGUUUCAGGUUGACCUCGGCAUUCUAAACGAGGUCACUUAAAACCCCGUUCAUGUCCAUUAAACAGCCUAGCUUGAUGUACAUAUUCAAUAAGCAACAGCAACAGAUUAAAUAUAUAAUAAUCAGUAUCAAUCUAGUAUUGAACAAGGGAUACUUGCUUUAACGACUGCUCUUUCGAAAUACUUCUGUGUUUCACUCUCAAUGAAAGUUCACCGCAGAGAACCACAACCAAGGAAUAAUAAAGCUAACACCCAUUUGAAAAUCAUUUCAUUGACUCCGCAUAAUACAAUGGGUACAGAUUGUGGUUACGUAAUGCUACAGUAUUUUAUGGGUAGGAACAACCUGUCUAGGGAAACAUAAUAUAGCGAGCUUGCGUCAAGGAACAUCUCCAUGUAUGUAUGGAAUAUAGGUACGUGAUGCAGUCAUAGGGAUGCAUACAGUUCGUGUAGAACGUGGUAGAAUACUCAAUAGAAAAUCUUAUACUUUCUAUUUCUCCGGUUCGAAAUUGUUCAAGAGCACUGCCGUUCAACAGUAAACAUUUGAAUAAAUUCACAAAAAAAAACACUACUAAUUGUCAUUUUAAUUCGACCGCCUGCGUACUCGAUAAGCAACAUGAACAACAAAACUGGAACUCAGAACUUAGACUAUAUUGGUAAUAAACAAGUCUUACGUAUAGCUGUUGUGCUUUGCCGACGGAUAUCGUCCAUGUUUACUCGUUGCAUAGAAAUAAAAGGCCCUCACCCGUAGUAAAAAGCACAGCUUCGGCAAAUAUUCACCCUGCUAAAUCGAAUUCUGCAGGGCGUUUUUGGCUUCGUGGGUAGCAAAAAGGCAGCGAAGUCCAAAAACGUUACAAAUUCACUAUCAGCAGAGCCAAUUCGACAGUGGGAACGUCCUGCCCGCUUUGAGGCCCAAGGGGCAAUCGUGGCUUUGAAGCAGCCGGUGACAUUCUGUAUGAAUGAAUUUCGUAGCUUUGCGUGUACCUUUUUUCUUUUUAUAAGAUCGCCUCCGCUCAUCCUCAUAAAUCCUCCAUCGGCAGAGUACUCUUACCAAUUUGGACGCUUUCGAUGUGUCAUUGAAAAGACGUAAUCGGCAAGACUCAAACAUUUUCCUCAAGAACACCAAACGCUGAUAACAUGUGUGACAUAUAGUAGUACUAUUAUAAUAAGCGAACAGCGGAACGGAGACGCUAUUGGUAUUAUGAUAUUUAUAGUAGAUGUACUCGUAGUAAUAGAAAGUGCUUUGAAUUCGGAACGUAUAAACCAAAUUGUGCAGUUUUGUGGCGGUAGUGAUGAAUCUGAUAAUGAUGGUGACAGUACGUUGUCAAUAUAAUAACAUAUACAGCUGUCAAGAUAUAAACAGAGAAGUAUAUAUAUAUAU